UGAUGCGAGCCUGUGUAGCUGGGAGGUGCACUGCGUGGCAUUGGCGUUUUCACCUUGGUUUUGAACAGGACUCUUUGCCUGGUUGUCCUGUGCAUGGGGUGUGUGUGACUUCCCCAUCCAGUUUGCAUCCAAGUGUGGUUGGAUGUUCACCUCCCUCUGAAAUGAGUUGAAAUUAGCUGCCUGAGUUAGGGACUUCGGGAAAUAAGCGAAAUCUCUGGCAUCCCUUUGACUGCCUUAUUCUGAAAGGAGCAGAUUUACUCUCGCUUGUGUGUGUUGGCAGGUUUCCUGGUUUCUCUUUAGCUUCCAAUUAGCUUCUGGAGAUUUAAUGAACCUGUGAAGCAGCACUUGCUCUUUUUUUAAUGACUGAUGGCCUCACGGAAGUGUGCAUCACUGCAAUGCUGCCUCCGUAAGAUCAGCAAACAGCCCUGAAAGUUCAGAUUAGUCCAACCUUGGCGCUCCUGCAAACAGCUACAGAAAUAACAGUUGGGUUCUGACCUGUAAUUUCUUCUAAUGUUGUUUCACACAUGCUGUUUAGAUUUAUGGUUAAGCUUAUAUCUGGUUUAUAGUUGUUUUUACUGAGCUGACAACAUGACUCAAGCCACUGCAUCUGUUGGAAGUAAUGAUGUUUGAAUUUAAUGUGGCACCGUCUUAAAGGUAAAGAUGUGCUGUGGGUGAGUGUUAAUUGCUGCACAUUCAGUUUGAAACUUUAAACUUGAAUUUGAUGCCUUGUUAAGCUUUUCUUCCUUUUCCGCAUCUUUUUAAAUCACUGCCCAACAACAGAACUGGUUGUUGAGGCAUUUAUGUCCUAAGCUACGGGUGCCCAGCACCCUCCUCUUUGUUAAGGUUUCUAUUUACUGGGUCAUUUUUGGAUGUAAGGCACUGCCAGGUAUGUGCAAGGAGGAGUUAGAGCUGCUGAGAUGCCUGUUCAUAUCAUGGUAAUUAGUGAUGUUCUCUGCUGAAUCACCUGCUUGUCACAGGGGAAAGCACCCAAAAUGGUGAAUUUAAAGCUUUGAAAUGGAUCCUGGAAUUGAAUAUGUGCUACCAGGUAAGUUAUCAUCCUGGUGGCAUUUUGCUCAUUAGGUUUUGAUUGGAAGAGGAGGUAUCCAACCAGGGAGCAUUGUUUCUCCCUGUGGCCAAGGCCCUAGCUUUCAAAGCCAGUAAAUAUAUAUCGGGGUUUUCUGGGCAUUUAAAUCACCUGUAGGCUGGAUUUGGCCUUUGAUUCACUAAUGUUUGCUUGCCUGGCUGUUUAAACAAAACUGAUUCAGAGGGACCAAACAGGAGGUGGUGAAGGCUGACAGGUAACAGGGGCUGCCUGCGGGGGCUCAGGAGACCUCUGGCCUAAACAGUCUCUAUGAUGGAUACGUGAAGAAAUCAUACACAUGCUGUGUGGGAAACACGCAUGGGUUCCUGAGUGGUUUGGGAUACUCUUUCUGUUACCAUCAGAAAUCUAUCUUCUGUUGAACAAGUUAUAUAUGCUUACAUGCAUCUUAAUGAUACACUGUUGUAUAAUAUGUAGGUAAUUUAGCAGGGGUGGGAUUAUCAAUUACAUUUACUGCAGUCUGCACGCCUUUUUGUUUGGAUAUACAACCUCUCUGGGGGGAAAAGAGAGCAAUGCCAUUGAUUUUAGGGUAACGUGAUGUGCGUAGGGUUGUUCGAUAGUGACCGAAGUGGUGGAGCGGUUGAGUCCAGGUAUCAGCAGAGGCUUGCAUGGAGGGCUGGGAGAGCCCAGGCUUCACUCGCCCUCUCCACAGCUGCUGCCAUGCUCAAUAUAGCUGUGGCUCUCGGGGAGGGGAAGGCAGCUGCGGUGCCGGGGUUCGGGCUCCUCUGGAGACCCGGCACGGCCCUGCUGCUCUUUGUUCUGUGCAUGGGCUCUGCCCAUGGGAAAACCCCUGUCUCCGGGAGGUGGGAUCAUAAAACGAGGUUGUGACACAACAGCUAACGGAGGAUAGAGCCUGAGGCUUGGCAUCAUCCUGUCCCAAUGGCUGUGGAUGUGGGAAAAUCGCUUUCCGGAGCCUCGCUGAGUGGGAAGGCCGAGAGCAGCGGUCGGUGGGACUGUGCAGAGGUGGAGACGGACUACCCAGAGCUUGCACACAGCCUGCGCCGGGUUGCAGGGGCAGAGCAGGCCAAGCCGUGCCCACAGGGGAUGGACGGCGUGGCACUGAGCAGGCACAGUCGCUUGGCCACUGGUGUUACCCAGGGAGGCUCGAGCUACCACCAGGAAGUGCCUUCAGCAUCCGCAUCCAGGCUUCCCAGAGCAAGGGGAAGCCUCUUGGAGGCAGAGGCGUUGAUCUAUGGAGUCGCUGACAGUGGUGAUGUGCCUCUUCACGUUAGACACCGGUUCCUGUCCUCAGAGGAGCAGCAGGUGAAGGCAUCGGGCUGUUGGGAGCCCGUGUCCAGCCCUCCCAGCUCUGCAGAGGAGAGCAUCCUUGCUGGUAGCUGCCACGUUGCCGGCUGGCAGAGCCAAAGGCUGGGGGCUCAAUCCCCGCUUUCCUCCACGCUGGAGCUCCUGCAGCCUCAGACCCCACCGAGCCCCAGGACCACCCUGCGGAGCCGCUCCGCAUCGAGCUGCUCCGCUCUGUCUUCGGAAGAGAACGGCCUCUCCGAGGAGCCAUCCCGGAGCUUGCCGGCCAGCGUGGAUGUGCCUUCCCCUGCCACCAGCACCCGGGACCUGUGCCGCCGGUGGGGAGCAGCACAGGGCAGGGCGCUGCGGGUGCACAAGCCCUUCCGUGCUCUGCUUGACUACCGCAGCACCGGGGGGUGCAUCAGAGGGAUGUCAUCCUAUCAGGCUGAUUACUGGGCAUGUGCCCUCCCGGAUUCAUUGCCCCCAUCUCCAGACCGUUGCUCGCCCCACUGGAACCCCAAUAAGGAAUAUGAGGACUUGCUGGAUUAUGCUUAUCCACUGAAGCCAAAAUACAAGCUGGGAAAGGUGCCAGAUCCUUUCUUCCAUGACUCGGGGAUAGGUUUGGACAGCUUUUCUCUUUCCCCUGAGGGCACAUCGAGGUCCACCAGCAUCUAUGGCCGAGGUGGGCAGGCUCAGGGAGGCAGAGAAGGUGGACGCUGGGGGUUCAUGGGCUCUGCAGAGAGGUUCUCUACCGUGGAGCCUGGAAAAAGGGGCCUGUCAUCCUGUGAACCUUUACCUAUUGCAAAAACAUCCUCCACAAGAAGUGCUUCCUCUCAUCCUUCAAGAAGCUUGGCUAAGGAUGGAGCCACGGAGUCAGCUGGGACGGGCUCAUCUGGCCGCCCUGCUGCGGAUGGGAGAAGCUGGUGCACCAGAGGGAGCCCCUUCCCAAAGGACAAAGCGCAGGCGAAAAGCACUGGUAGGUUUUUACCUACAACGGCAGUGCUCCCCUUGAGGAAGGAGUGGGACGGUGAUGAAGAAUUCCUCUCCCUGCCUCCGAGACUGCUGGAGCUGGAAAGGCUGGCUCAGUUCUUGUCUGAUCUUUCCUUAACUAUAAGGACUCCUGGGCAUGACCAUCAUGAACUUCCAUGUCACAGCAACAGCAGGAAGCCCCGUUCAUCCCAGUUGGCUCCUUUCGGAGGAGCAGGUGGCAGGGAUGGAAGAGGGAGUUUUGAGGGUUAUGCUGGGCUGUGGCACCCCUGCAGCUCUCAGAAGUCCAGCCAGGAAAACACUGAAUUAUGUGGCCGCAUCCAUAGGGAUCCUUUGCAGGGGCUUUAUCUACCGACUGGUGUCGGAGACACGUUGGAUGGCAGGUACCUAAACGAACCACGGGUCAAGGGGCAUCCCAAGAAGAGCCUUCAGAGCGAGUCCCUUGCCCAGUGCAUUAAGAUGUUUUGCUGCCAGCUGGAAGAGCUGAUCCGCUGGCUGUACAACGUCGUGGACAUCACUGACAGCUGGGUACCACCCUUGCCGGAUGCCAAGAGCAUGAAGGCAUCGCUGCACCGCUGCUUGGAGUUCAGGAAGGAUGUGGCCAACCACCGGAGCCUGACAGAGAGCGUGCUGGAGAAGGGAGAAGCUCUCCUCGACUGCAUGGCAUCAAAUUCACCAGUUCUGAAGGACACGCUGGGUUUGAUUGCGAAGCAGUCAGAAGAGCUGGAAACCCACGCAGAGCACCUGUAUGAGUCCGUUCUAGCUGCUGUGGGUCCCAUGCGGGGCAAGGAUGGGGUGGAGGACAAGGGGGUGCAGCAGGCGGCUGCUGAGUGGGUGCUGCCUCUAUCAGACCUGGCCUUGAUCAGCCAGGCACGGGAUGGCUGAGAGCUGCAGCAAGCACAAAAGCACCUCCUUCCCCUCCCACAGAGAUGCCAAAACACGUACGAGCACUGUGUAGGGAGUUAACCAGCUGGGGCUGAUUUUGUGCUGGUUCUUUACUGUGGCUUGAGAAGGGCAAGCUGUACAGCAGUUAUCUGGCUGCUGGGCUGUGUAGCUCAUGGUUGUGCGAGUGAGGAAUGUGCAGCUGGACUUCUGGGGUUUGUUUUCUAAUGUAGCUUUCGUGGGGUUUUUAAUCAAAGUGGCUUUGUUCCAUGUGUGAGCAAGAACGUCAGGAACACACCCGUUUGUAACUGAGUAAUCCACCGUGUGCCGUGCAACUCCCUCCUAAGUAAAGCCGUGUGAUUUGAA